ACGUGGCUAAUUGGAGCCAUGUGGCUCCUGUGGUCUGUCCAGUGAAGUUUGUAGGAAGGAUUGCACUCAGUUGAAGACAGAGAUAGAGAGGGGGAAAGUGUGCUGGGCUCCAGCGAGGAGGAAAGAGACAGAAACCUGGAGAAACGGACACAACUUUAUUCCAGACUCUCACAUUAUUUUAUCGAGAGGGUUUGCGGUGCGCUUUGGAAGAUCGGCUGAAGGCAGUGCACAAGUUAUUAAGGCGCCGUAUUUGAGUCGCUCAAUUUUUUUUUGGAAGGGCUCGAAAUUCACUCACUCACUCAUUCACUUCACUCAAAUUUUGAGUGAAGUGGAUGUGAAAAGCGGGCGAAGGUUUAACACAGAGCCGGAGGAAUGUAUCCAACUUGGACAGCAGCGAGCCAGCGUCUCUGGAGAUGUCCAGCCUGCGCUCUGUGGAUCGCCCUGCUCCUCCAAAGUGUCCUGGACCUGCGCGCGUCUGGGUCUGAGUUGCCCCAAGACCCCAGUGUGAUAGCUACCACUUCAUGGAACACCUCUAGUGAUGGGCCCUUCUUCAUCCGUCUUGAAGCUCCCAUGAACAACAUCACAACCUCUCUGGGCCAAUCAGCCGAGCUUUUCUGCCGCGUGUCUGGUAACCCGCCGCCCACUGUGCGCUGGCUGAAGAAUGACGCUCCAGUGGUGCAAGAGCCACGGAGGAUUUCGUACCGAUCAACGCAUUAUGGAUCACGCCUCCGCAUCCGUAACCUGGACACUACUGACACAGGUUACUUCCAGUGCGUGGCCACCAACACCCAGGGUACUGUGUCCACGACCGGCGUGCUCUUUGUCAAAUUCGAUCCACUCCCUACAACUCUGGCAGGAAGGCCAACGGAGGAUUUCGAUGAAGAGGGAUUCUGCCAGCCGUACAGAGGUAUAGCCUGCGCCCGCUUCAUCGGGAACCGCAGCAUCUUUGUUGACUCGUUGCAGAUGCAGGGCGAGAUCGAGACCCAGAUCACAGCGGCCUUCACCAUGAUCGGGACAUCCAACCAUUUGUCCGAUCGUUGCUCCCAGUUCGCCAUCCCUUCUCUCUGCCACUUUGCCUUCCCGACCUGCGACCGCAGCUCUGGAACCGACAAACCUCGGGACCUGUGUAAGGAUGAGUGUGAGAUCCUGGAGAACGACUUGUGUAAGACAGAGUACAUCAUCGCCCGCUCAAACCCCAUCAUCCUGAAGAGACUGAAGCUGCCAAACUGCGAGGACCUGGCUGGCUUUGACAGCCCCGAGGCUGCCAACUGUCUGAGGAUCGGCAUUCCCAUGGCCGAGCCCAUAAACAAGAAUCACAAGUGUUACAACAACAGCGGGGCAGACUACAGAGGGACAGUCAGUAUGACCAAGUCGGGCCGUCAGUGUCAGCCGUGGAACUCCCAGUAUCCUCACAGCCACACCUACCUGGCCGUCCGCUACCAGGAGCUAAACGGAGGACACUCGUACUGCCGCAACCCUGGGAACAAACUUGAGGCCCCCUGGUGCUUCACUCUGGACGAGGGGGUCCGCAUGGAGCUCUGUGAAAUACCCGUCUGUGACCAUGAAGACAAGUCUGGUGGCAGCAACAUGGAAAUCUUGUACAUCCUGGUUCCCAGUGUGGCGAUACCGUUAGCCAUUGCCUUGCUCUUCUUCUUUAUUUGCGUGUGCCGCAACAACCAGAAGUCCCCCAGGCCCCCUGCUCCUCGUCAGCCCAAACCGGUCCGAGGACAAAAUGUUGAGAUGUCCAUGCUCACAACGGCAUACAAGCCAAAGAGUAAGGCCAAAGAGCUUCCUUUGUCGGCUGUGCGUUUCAUGGAGGAGCUUGGAGAGUGCACUUUGGGGAAGAUCUACAAGGGUCACCUGUAUCUGCCGGGCAUGGACCAGACACAGCUUGUGGCCAUUAAGACUCUGAAGGAUGUCUCCAAUGUCCAGCAUUGGGCCGACUUCCAGCAGGAGGCUGCAGUGCUGACGGAGCUGCAGCACCCAAACGUGGUGUGCCUGCUGGGUGUGGUGAUUCAGGAGCAGCCUGUCUGUAUGCUGUUUGAGUUUUUGCCCCAAGGCGACCUCCACGAGUUCCUCAUCAUGCGUUCACCGCACUCUGACGUUGGCUGCAGCAGUGAUGAGGAUGGCACGGUGAAAUCCAGCCUGGAUCAUGGAGACUUCCUGCAUAUGUCCAUACAGGUGGCAGCUGGGAUGGAGUACUUGGCCAGCCAUUUUUACACCCAUAAAGACCUUGCAGCUCGGAACAUUCUAGUAGGUGAACAGCUCCACGUCAAGAUCUCCGACCUGGGUCUCUCCAGAGUGAUCUACUCCUCAGACUACUACUGCAUUCAACCCAAAACUCUGCUCCCCAUCCGCUGGAUGCCCCCCGAGGCCAUCACUUACGGAAAGUUCACCACAGACUCGGACAUUUGGUCGUUCGGAGUCGUGCUGUGGGAGAUCUUCAGCUACGGUCUGCAGCCCUAUUACGGCUUCUCCAACCAGGAAGUGAUGGAGAUGGUGAGAAAGAGGCAGCUGCUGCCUUGCCCCGAGGACUGUCCGCCAAGGUUUUAUGGUUUGAUGACUGAAUGCUGGCAGGAGGGACCAACGCGUCGAACGCGCUUCAAGGACAUCCAUGCCCGCCUGCGAGCCUGGGAGGGGCCGUCAUCCCACGCCAGCUCAAGCACGCCCUCUGGUGGUGGAGGGAACGCUACCACCCAGACCACCUCACUCAGCGCCAGCCCCGUCAGCAACCUCAGCAACCCUCGCUACGCUGCUGCCACGGCUGCUGGGUACCUCUACCCGGCCCAGGCUAUUCCCUCACCGGGCCAGAUGGGCCAGAUUCAAGCCUGGACACCCAUGGCUGUAACACAAACCCACCAGCGCUUUAUCCCUGUCAAUGGAUACCCCAUCCCGCCAGGAUACGCAGCUUUUCCAGCCCACUUCCCUCCGCCGGCCCCACCGACCAGGGUCAUCCAGCACCACCUGCCCCCUCCCAAAAGUCGCUCACCCAGUAGCGCCAGCGGCUCCACCAGCACGGGUCACGUCAGCGGAGUGCCCUCCACCACGGGCUCUAAUCAUGACGCCAACACGCCGCUGCUUUCCCACUGCAUCAUGCCGGGGAGCGGUGGAGGGCCGAUUCAGAUGUAUGGACAAGUUUGCCAGAAGGGAGUGGGACCACUGGACCACGCAUCACAAACAGCGCUGCUCGCUGCUGAUUCUGACGUACUGAUGUACAACGACUCGGUCAUCACCGCAGACCUGUAGAUAGGACAUACUCACAAUCUUUCUGCUCGGGAACCACAUUUGUGAAGUUUAGCUUCUCACACAGGGACCCAGUCUUCUACUCCGGUCACAUGGAGACCCAGCAGAAACUGGCCUGUACGCACAUUUGAGUGUGCAAGAAACAUUGCCGCAGCUACACAAGUAUAUACGCAGCUGUCUGACUUUUCAAUGCCUUUUUUGUUUAAAGCAUGUGUACUUACCACCAUGGUUUGAAAAUGUCGUGCUAUUAUUUUAACCUCUGUGUGAAUACGGUACAUAAGUCUUGAAUGAAUGAGUGAAAUACAAAGAUAUAUAUUCAAAAGAACUUUUUUUAUUAAGGAAUAAACUUUAAAGAUGAAAAAAUAGCAAGUCCACCCUGCGUCCUAAAAAAUGAUUUUUCUUUUUUUGUAUCACAAUUUGACACAAUGUUCCUGUGUCAAUAACCAAGUUAUCAGACUGUUUCGUGCAGGAUGUGAAGGAAACACUGACACUCUUACCGGGACCUUUUGGUGCCUUUCAGCAGGGGUGCUACUUUCUUGUUUCUGGACGUA